UCCUCUUGUGUUCGGGGGAGGGCACCGGCGGGUCAAAGGUGAAGGGUCGCCAAGAUGGCUGCUCCCGCGCAGCGUGUGGCGUUGCCGGCCUAGCGGGCGGGCGGGGGCGUAUCGGGCUCUGCUGGGACAAUGGCCCCGGCUUCGCCGCUCCUCAGUGGGAGCCGGGCCUGGCCGAGGCUCCUGGGACCCCAGAGGGGGCUGCUGGUGCAGGGACUUCAGGGGCCCCAGAGAGGGUCAGGGGGGUCCCCGGUAGGUCAGAGGGGGCUGCAGCUGCUGCUGCAAGGUCUCUCCCGAGGCUUUGCCAAGGCAGCCAAGACCAGGAGCAGCAGAGAAGUGAGAGAAGCUGAGGACUCUGCCCCAGUUUUUCAGUACGUGGGGGAGAGGUCCAAGCGGAAGGAGAGGGUGUUUGUCUGGGGUUUCUGUCAUGCUGGGGCCCUCGGGAUCCCCAGCUUUGUUAAGCCUGAUGCAGUCUGGAAAAAGCGCCGGAGGAUACAGCCCACACCCUACCGCCUGGACACAGCUGAGAAGAUAUCCUCUGCAGCAUGUGGCUAUGGCUUCACGCUAAUAUCCUCAAAAACCACUGACAUUACCAAAGUUUGGGGCAUGGGGCUGAACAAGGAUUCUCAGCUUGGCUUUCAGAGAAGCAGGAAGGAUCAAACUAAAAGCUAUGAGUAUGUCUUGGAACCAUCUCCCAUUCCAUUACCACUGGACACUCCCCAGGAGACUCGGAUCUUGCAGGUGUCUUGCGGAAGAGCUCAUUCCCUGAUCCUGACGGACAAGGAAGGAGUCUUCAGCAUGGGCAACAAUUCCUAUGGGCAGUGUGGCCGAAAAGUUAUUGAAGGUGAAAUUUACAGUGAGAGCCAUCUAAUUCACCGACUGCGAAAGUUUGACGGCAGGGUUGUGCAGAUCGUCUGUGGGCAGGAUCACAGUCUGUUCAGGACUGAGAGGGGCGAGGUUUACUCCUGUGGAUGGGGAGCUGAUGGACAAACAGGUGUUGGCCAUUACAAUAUCACCAGUGUGCCCACCAAACUGGGCGGAGAUAUUGCUGGAGUAAAUAUCGUGCAGGUUGCCACCUAUGGGGACAGCUGUCUGGCUGUAUCUGAUGAAGGAGACCUCUUUGGGUGGGGAAACUCCGAAUACAUGCAGCUGGCAUCCAUCACAGAGACGACACAGGUGAAUGUUCCAAGGCAUUUACCAUUCAAGAUUGGGAAGAUAAAGGAUGCUGCAUGUGGAGGGACAGGCAAUGCUGUUGUAAAUGAAGGAGGAAAUGUCUUUGUCUGGGGAUAUGGAAUUCUUGGGAAAGGACCAAACCUGAUGGAAACAGCAACUCCAGAAAUGAUCCCACCCACCCUCUUUGGCUUGUCAGACUUCAGUCCGGACACCCGUGUUUCUCGCAUUCGCUGCGGACUCAGCCAGUUUGCUGCACUUAACAACAGAGGAGAGUUGUUCGUGUGGGGCAAGAAUAUAAGGGGGUGCUUGGGGAUUGGAAGAAUGGAAGACCAGUAUUUCCCAUGGAGGUACAAUAAAUCUCGAGUUUCAGCAAGACCAGCAAGUAAAAUAAGCAUGUGCACUCUCCGUGUAAAGCAAAACCAUCCAUCUUCCAGCUCCACGCUUCGUAUGAGAACGAGAUCCUUCGCUGCUGUUGCAGUGCGACAGGGUGAAACUCACCUCUGUGCAGAGGACUGGCACAAGAGCUACCAACCAUUUCAAUCUGACUGA